UCUUGCCUCCUAAGUUUGCUCGACAAAUCUCAAACAUGGUGGGUGAGAAAAUCCAACUUGAAGACAUCACAAAAAAGAUUUGGACAGUAACAAUAUCCGAGGUUGAAGGUUCUUUAGCAUUCGAAAAUGGUUGGGAUUAUUUUUCAAAUGAUCACAAUUUGGAAAUAGGCGAUUUAUUAGUUUUUGAAUGGGUCAAAAGUUCUCAUUUCUCAGUUCAAAUCUAUGAUAGAACUGGUUGUCCAAGGUUUAAGUUCUCGAUGAACAACAACAUAAUGAAAAGGAAAAGAAACAUCAACAAAUCUACAAACAUUGUUCAAGACAUGAAUCCCAACACCACUACUGUUGUUGUUCCUCACCCUGAUUUCGAUAUGAAUUAUUCGAAAUCUGGAACAGAGUUUACAGAGGAAACAUUUUACAUGAUAAAUCGCAUAAACAACAACAAUAGUAAUAACAUUGUUGGAUGUCAUGAAGAUCAAAGUCGAAGAAGUUUGUUAUUCGACUUGUCGAGUUUUGAGAAACCGAAAACAAUGAUGUUGCCUCUGCCUCUACCUCCACGAUAUGAUCAUAAGGAAUCUGUUUUAAGAACUUCCCGACUUCUUUGUGAUGCUGUUUGUAAAGUCCCCCAGCCAAAGGAAAGGAUCAAGACCACACCAUGGGUUGUUAAUGAUACUAAGAUGGUGGUUAGGAAUCAUCAAACUACUAGAGAUCAAGUUCAUCUUCCUUUAUCUGUUAAAAGAGAACCAAUUGAUGCCAAUGAUGUUCAAUUUAUUAUGUCGGUCACUUGGAAAGGAUUACUGAGCAUAUCGAGAGGAUUAGAAGAUAUUUUGACAGGAUUAUCGAGGAAAAGGACAAAGAUCAUUCUUCUUCGAGGAUAUGAUAUUUCAUCGAUGCCUGUUCUUUAUCACGAUGGGUUUCAAUCGAAAUUUAUUGGAGAUGGAUGGGAGGCUUUUCUCAAGAUAAAUAAUGUCAAGGAAGGCGAAUGUGUCGUGUUCAAACUCGAGAACAAAUCCGAAUUUAUCUUUAGUAGGAAGUAAUCAUUUGUUUAUCUUUUG